CUCUUCAAUUUUUCAGGUCCAUAAUUCCAUUUUCUCUCUAAAUAUUCCUUUUAUUUACUAAGCCAUUUGUUUUCCUUUUAUUUACAAUAUUGCCACAGUUUAUAUGAUCUCUAGUGUUCACCGGAAAACUGAGAGUCACCGUAGCUCCUCCGCUUCUCUCGGUUUCCCUCGCCUCCGCUUAUUGCGCUACCGCCGUUUGUUCUACAAUGCCUACAACUCCAAAGAGUAAUAUCCGAAGAGGACAGGAGCCAGAGAAAAAUCGUAAAAACAAGUUAAAAGAGAAAGCGUCGUCGUUUCACGGAAAACUACCUAUGGAAGUACCGGAAUCUCGGCUUCGCCGCCCGAACACAGUACCGGACUUGCUCGGAGGACGGAGUAUGUCCGCUGGAGCCUCUUUCACGGAAGCGAGACCGAAGUUAACAAAACUAUUACUAAACGUAACGGUUCAAGGCAGUGUUGGUGCCGUACAGGUUUUGAUGUCGCCGGAAUCCACCGUCGGUGAGUUGAUUACGGCUACUAUGAAGCAGUACAUGAAGGAAGGCCGCCGUCCGAUUAUUUCGGCGGAUGCUUCGGAGUUUGAUCUCCAUUACUCGCAGUUUAGCUUGGAAAGUCUUGACAGAGAGGAGAAGCUAAUGGCGUUAGGUUCGAGAAAUUUCUUCUUAUGCGCGACAAAAACGGCGGUUUAUGACGGUGCAAGUUGCAGCAUCAGCAUCAACAACGCAGCAAUAACGACGUCGUCUUGUUCAAAUGAAGUUCAGAAGGCAGUUAAAACUGCAGGUUCAUCUUGGUUAAAAUUCAUAGAUUUCUUGCUGUAAUUGAAGAAAGCAAAAAUUAAUUGUGCCACCGGCGGAACUAGGAGAGGUGCCGGUGGUGGCCCUGAUUACUGGCCGCCCCUUACUCCUUGUCUUCCGGCUAUCGUCAUUAUUUUUUGUCUUAAUAUUCUUUCGAAAAUUUAUAUUCUGUGAUGUUGAUUUUCCGAUUCCGCCACUAAUAUUAAAAAAAAGGUGAAUGUAAUUAUGUAGAAUCUGCAAUAUUAUUCUGUUGUAAAAUUGCAUUAAUUAAUUAGGCAAUUAAAUUCUUUAAA